UGCGGGCGCCAGGCGGCCCCGGGGAGGCGCUCGCGCCGCCGGCCGUGGCUCCGCGAGGCGAAGAGGCGACAGGUAAACGGCGGUAGAGCGGGCGGACGCGGCACGGAGAGGAGCGGUUCGCCAGGCGACCGGCGAGGGACGGGCCGCGGGGACGCCGGGCAAGGACAGAGGGCCGGACCUUCGUCCCCUGGGCCCACGAGCCGGCUGGCGCCCGCGACGUCCUCUGACCCUGGGCGCGUUCCGACUUUCUACACUGAUUAAUCAAGAGUGAAAAAUCGGAAGAAAUGCAAGCAGGAAAAAGAAAUUAAACUAAGCCUGAGGAGCGAUGCAACAGGCAUGAUGGAGGUCGAGUCCUCCUACUCAGACUUCAUCUCCUGUGACCGGACAGGCCGUCGGAAUGCAGUCCCUGACAUCCAGGGUGACUCGGAGGCUGUGAGCGUGCGGAAGCUAGCUGGAGACAUGGGCGAGCUAGCACUUGAGGGGGCAGGAGGACAGGCAGAGGGAAGUGCCCCCAGCAAGGAGGCCGGCAGCCAGCCUGAGAGCAGUGCCACUAGCACCUCAUCUUGAUUCCGGAAGAGAAACCUGCUGUACCCUCCUGGAACUGGAGCCCUGGCCCAGCCCUGCAGCCUCUUCUCUGAGCCCAUAGCCCAGGCUCGCCAGGCCGACUGAGAGCCUCAUGGGGGCUCUGUGGCCUCUACUCCAGCAAAGUCCUCUGCCCACACCACAGGCUCCACUGUCCCUCACCUCCCCACGGUGCCCAGGUACACUUUGAAGACACCUUCUUCACCAUGACAUGUUAUUUAUUCAGCUAGGUGGGGCUUGAGCCAAGCGCUGCCCCCAGGUCAGCAGCCCUGACCUGGACAGGGACUGUCCGGCCACCACUCAUCCCUUCCAGCCAGCCGUCUACUUUGGAAAGAUCUUCCCUAACCCUUUUUUAAAACCUCUUUUACAUUUUUUAAAAACAAUCUUUUUUCAGCAGAGAAGGGGAACUAACAAUCAAUUUUUCUGUUUUGGUUUUGGUUUUUGGUUUGUCUUGAAAGCCUUUUAAAGCUUAGUUGUAAUGAUCUAUGCAGCUCUAAGUUCCCUUGUGGAGCCUCACAGAUCCAGCUUGGGGAAAGGAUUUGGACUCAAAACUAGCUGACCAAUUCUUUGUACCAAGAGCCUGAUACAUAGGCCCAGGAAAUAAAUGCUGGUGGUUUGUG